AUGGGCGUCUUCACCAAGCGCGACGGACAAGCACUCGAGGCCCUAUCGGACGACAUCGACGCCGUCAACGUGCUCAAACAGCAAGAAAAAACCCUAUACGACGCCUCCGAGUUCGACAAGAACAAAGACAAAACCCAAUUCCGGCAGUACGAGACAGCCUGCGACCGCGUCAAGAACUUCUACGCAGAGCAACACACCAAGCAAACGGUUGCCUACAACCUGCGCGCGCGCAACCUGUUCCGCAGCAAGACGCGCGCGCGCAUGACGGUCUGGCAAGCCAUGGAGAAACUCAACACGCUCAUCGACGAGAGCGACCCGGACACCUCGCUCAGCCAGAUCGAGCACCUGCUCCAAUCCGCCGAAGCGAUCCGGCGUGACGGAAAGCCGCGGUGGAUGCAGCUCACCGGCCUGAUUCAUGAUCUCGGCAAACUACUCUACUUUUUCGACGCGCAGGGCCAGUGGGAUGUUGUCGGGGACACCUUCCCCGUCGGCCUGGCGUUUGACGAGCGCAUCAUCUACGGACGCGAGAGUUUCAGGGACAACCCUGAUUUCGGGCAUGAGGUGUUUGAUACCGAGUUCGGCAUCUACGAGCCGGGUAUUGGCCUUGAUAAUGUCAUGCUGAGCUGGGGCCAUGAUGAGUAUCUUUACCACGUCGUCAAGGACCAGUCCACCCUGCCGGAUGAGGCCCUGGCGAUGAUCCGCUACCACUCGUUUUACCCCUGGCACAAUGCCGGCGCGUACCAUGAGCUCAUGAACGAGAAGGACCACGAGAUGCUCAAGGCGGUCAAGGCGUUUAAUCCAUAUGAUUUGUACAGCAAGAGCGAUGAGCUGCCAAAGAUUGAUGAGUUGAGGCCGUAUUACGAGGAGUUGAUUAAUGAGUUUUUUCCAGUGCCAGAGCUCAACUGGUGA